AUGGUAGUUGCAGUUUUGUCAUCGCCGUUCGUGCUCGCUCGCUCCCUCUCAUGUCGCGCAGAUCCUCCUUACCUUCGAUCCCCGUACUGCACUUUCUCAUCCGGCUACCCAAUUGCAGCCAAUGAAACGGUCCCAGCAAUUUCUGGCAAAAUCAUCCUGCAGCGUGGCCGAUUUGUCAUGUCACUACAGUAG